AUGACACCGACUAUCGCGCUCGCCAUUACGCCCGAAGCCCUUGACAACGUUCUUCAAUACCUCGAGAAACACGAUGUAUGGGCAGUAGCAUUGACCUGUAAAGCCCUUCUUCCGGCUUGUCUCCGCUCUAUAUGGCAAACCCUGGAGGUCACCUGCGAAAGUCCAAUCCGAAGACCAGGCUCUGAACGCGAGUUUGGGGAAAGCCUUUGCAAUGUCAUCGAAAAAUACUGGAUGAAUGCUUCUUGGCUUCAGUAUGUCAAAUUUUUGAACGUUGGUCGCUACUUGAAUGCCGAUUCUCCCGAGGCCUCGGUUUUGUUGGGGUUACUGGAAAGUGAAAAAAUCCGUCCGAAUCGUAUCGAACUUAUUGUAGAUCAUCCGAAUGCCCAAAUUCCACUUCUCCGACUUAAGGCGUACUCUGAGACAAGGUUGCAGGUUGAUUUCAGCAUCAUUUUAGUCUCAACACUUCCGUUGACGGAAUUUGUCGAUCUACCAAAAGUUUCUCAUCUCACAGUUCAAGCUCCUUUCGUUCCACAUGAAAUUGAUGAGGCUGGGCCCCAGUACGACGCCUUCAUAGGGAAAACCGCCAAAGAUUUAGCAAUAGUACUAGACCAGAUCGUUAAUCUGAAGCACUUUGGGUGGGUCCUGCCGAAGAUUCAUCUUAGGUUGAUGGGUCGCCCUCUGCAUUCAGACCCACGUCGAUUAGUACAAUGUCUCCAAGACGCAUUCAAACGGCUUAAAUACCUUAUAAGUUUCCGAUUUUACGGGUUCUUUCUUCACCCAACUGUCUUUAUAGUCCCGCCUCAUAGCAUCCGAGAGCUAAAAGUGGAAGGCAUUGUAUCUAGAGAAUGGUGGAAAGCUUUUUCUGGAUGUCCUUUGCCGAAACUAACGAGCUUAACUUUGAGAAUGAAACCCAGCGGCGCUGAAUGGCAACUUACGAACAUUAGUCUUAACUGGUCUCCGAAGCCAGAUUGUCUACCAUACCCAGGUUUUCAACUACACAAUGUCACAUCUCGUGGUCUAAGAACGGUUGUUUGCGAGGUCGAUGAUGGUCCUUCUGAUAUAAUGGAUGAUUUGCUUCGUGCAAUCCCGCAUCCCCAACGAAGCGCAAACGAAGUAUCGAAAAUUGCGGACGCAAAAGAAAUUAUAGAGCAAUGCUCAACGCUUUUUUUCGGGUCUCUAUUAGAUGAAUGCAAGAGAGCCGCCGAAGAAAGAUAUAGAUUGAGGGCAAUAAACCAAUAUGGAAACUGGGGGGCGGUGAGAUUCUCGGCUGAGUUUGGUGAGUUGGUUAUUAAACGCGCAGCAAUUGAUACUCAAUUGGCCCCACAGCGAGGGACCAACCUGGAGCCGCCCUUAGAGAUUAGAGAGUGGUGCCGCGCGGUACUGCAGGGCUGCGUUGAAAAAUCCUUAAAUUAUACGACUGGAAUUCAUACAGAAAUGCUUGAGGGGAGUCAAGCAGAUUUCAAUGGUUCUCAAUUUUUCAGUGACUGUGCGACUAGACUCAGAACACUGGUCAGAGAAUCACUAAAUAACUCGCAGAGUGCAGCGUUUUUUGUAUUCGAUGAGGUUGAAAGUUUUCAAAAGAAAUUCAAGACUUUCAAACGAAGAAUCACUGAUGCUAUUGCGGAAAGGUUGGUGGCGGGAGAGAAAAUCGGGAUUGUGGAAGCGUUAAGUAUCUGGAUAGAUGCGAUGGUUGCGCACGAUCGAGAAUUGUACCGAAUAGGUUAUCUUGUAGAAUAG